CAGACACACACAUGGAUGAUGGCACAAGAUAUGAUUGCUUGUUGUUGUCUUCCUUGAGUUUUAAUUAAGUCAGACAGGCAGAGGACGUUUGUAUCGACAAGUGCUCGCUUUUUACACAGAAGUCGCGGACAUUCACACGCUCAACACAAUCUCACCAUGAACUGUGUGAGCAGAGGAGGCUGCUACCUGGUGAACUCCUACUGUGAGCUUCAGGAGGAAAACCAGUGGAGGAAGGAGAGCUACGAGGCAUACUGGCUCAGCGUGGUCCUUGAGACCAGACCACAAUACAAGUUGACGCUGUCGGAAACAGACAACAUUCGUAAAGAGAGUUACAAGCAGCAACAGGUGACCCACUUCACAGUUGAGAGGAGUCCCAGCCAGAUACUGCGGCUGGGCAGCAACAGCACAGGCAUGACAGAGCACCGGCUACCCUUGUUCAACAUCGGCAAGGACCUACGUCGUGCCACCACCACCUUUGGGCGCACAGGACGGCCAGUCCCGGAGGAUAAUAGAGUGGUUAAACGGGAAAUGACCGUCAUAACUCGGGACAGUAGCAAGCCGGUCAGAGUGAACUUCAGAGCCUCGAGUCUGAUGUCUUCACCGAGAGAAACGUCUCAUCGGGUGAAAAGGAGGGAAUGAAGAGUGGAGGGUAUUUCUAAUUGCAGUCCAGGAAAUCUAUCAGUCUUAGAUUUUUGUAAUAUAAACACAAUAUUAGUAUUUGUCAAUGAAAGUUUGCUUCUAAAUUGUAUAAACUAUCUUAGCUGUGACUUUUGAAAGAAAAAAACAUUGUUUUUAUGAAUGGGAAACUUGUGGAUAUCUGAUCUGCUAGGCAAAUAGAUAGUUUUAAUAUCCAAACUUAAAACUUUAGUGAAAAAAACUUAAAACUUAUUGUUCUUGUAAGAAGUGUUUUAGGAGACAUACGCUGGACUGGAUUUUCUCCUAAUUAAAUUACCAGAAUAUUAUCCUGAAAAGCUGGAAUAAAGGUGAACUGAUGAUGAAUUAAUAAAUCACAGGAAAAAUGCAUGAAACAGUGUCACACCCUCAUGUAAUUAUGUAACUGAGCAGUUAUUCGCAUGUAUUCUUGAUGGAUACCUUUUUUCUUUAAUGUUUAUACAUAUAUGUAUAAUGAGCCUCCACAUAAAGUAGCUAUUGCUCUCAGCGAUCGCUCUUUAGGACACGCACACAGUGGCAGCGCUCCCCAGCUUUAUGAUUGUCCCCUAUCAUAGAGCUGAUAUUGUACUUUGGUAAAUGUAUCAAUAUUUUGGAGAUUCUAAGGAAAAUCAAGAAUUCUGGAAAUUAAGUUCUCAAACCAGGAAUUUAUUAGGAGGAUUUCACAGCACGGUUACAGUCGGUACAUUUGAAUUUAUGGCAUCACAUCCAGCACUUAAUCACCAAGUUAUUGUCCAAAGAAAAACAUAACGGCAUAGAGAGUCUUGGCAACCUUUUACAAAUGCUACAGCUUUAGUUCAUCCAUUCAAUACUGGGAUGACGUGUGAAGUAAAAAGGUGCUAGUUGACUAUUUUUACUGAAGUAUUGCGGUAAGGUGUUGAAGUCCAGAGCACUAUUUUGCACUUUAACCCCUUUAUUUAGAUUCACAUGCACCUUCAGUGUCCCGUCUCCCUGAUAGCUAAAAAGCUCCCACAAACCUGCAUUGAGGACUGGAAAGUUAAAACCAGUAAUCAGACACACUAUUCUACUGGAUUUUGGCCAUGUAUCAUAAAUGGCAACACACAUCAGAGUGUAAGGAGAGAUGUCAUACAUGGAAGGACAGAAGUGCUGGUAAAAAAAAAAAAUGAAGUCCCACGUUUAUCAUGAUAAAUAUCUCCACCAAUAGUCCAUAAACUUGUUAAUGAACGGUAACACACCUCACAGGGACUUCGAUGUCUUUUCCAUAACAUCGUGUCAUAAAUAAAAUAUCCUUAUCAAUG